CGAGUAGAUAUGUAAACUGCUAAAGCAGCGAAUAACUGUGAUAUAUGUAUUUAAUUAUAUAUAUAUUUUUAUAUACUUUUAUUUUUAAUUUUUAAAAUAAGAAUAUUAUUAUUAAAUACAAAAUGUUACAUAAAUCUGCUGCUUUUCGUAAGAAAAGCCAAUUAAUAAAACAAGUUGCAUAUUAUUCUACAGCAAAGCCCACGAGGAUCAUAGCAAUACGUAGAGAAGACCAAUCAGUAUGGGAGAGACGUGCACCAUUUUCGCCGUCCAAUGUGAGCAAACUAGUGCGACAGGGUGUCAAAGUAAUUGUGCAACCUUCAAAUCGACGUGCCUACCCCAUGCAGUCUUAUAUAAACGCUGGCGCUAUUGUGCAAGAGGAUAUCAGCGAAGCCAGUGUAAUAUUUGGUGUAAAACAAACCCCGAUUGAUUUACUUAUACCUAACAAAACGUAUUGCUUCUUUUCACACACUAUUAAAGCCCAAGAAGCCAAUAUGCCUAUGUUGGAUGCCAUUUUAGCAAAGAAUAUUCGUCUAAUUGAUUAUGAGAAGUUAAUGGACGACGCGGGGAACCGAGUGGUCGCGUUUGGAAAGUACGCAGGAGUUGCUGGAAUGAUCAAUAUACUACAUGGGCUUGGGUUACGAUUAUUGGCCCUGGGACAUCAUACUCCAUUCAUGCACAUCGGUCCAGCCCACAACUACCGUAAUUCAAGUAUGGCGCGUCAAGCCAUCAGAGAUGCGGGAUAUGAGGUUUCCCUUGGUAUGAUGCCUAAGUCACUCGGACCACUAACGUUCAUAUUUACAGGAUCCGGAAAUGUUUCACAGGGAAGCCAAGAAAUAUUUCAAGAGCUACCGCAUGAAUAUGUUCCCCCGGAGAUGCUAAGAAAAGUGGCUGAACAUGGAAGUCCGAACAAAAUAUAUGGGUGCGAAGUACGUCGACGGCAUCACCUGGUGAGAAGGAAUGAUGGGGGUUAUGAUCCUCAGGAAUAUGAGGAGCAUCCUGAACGCUACAUUUCCACAUUCGCGCAGACGAUAGCGCCGUACACGUCAGUACUGGUGAAUUGCAUCUACUGGGCAGUAGACAGCCCGAAGCUCCUCACCAUACCUGAUGCAAAGCACCUGUUGCUGCCCUCGCAUACCCCGUGGCUUCCGAAAAGCAUUGGAGCACCGGCUUUGCCGCAUAGAAUGUUGGGUAUUUGUGACAUAUCUGCUGACCCUGGCGGUUCCAUAGAGUUCAUGAACGAGUGCACUACUAUCGACACGCCUUUCUGUCUCUAUGAUGCUGAUAGGAAUAAGGAUACUAAGAGUUUUAAAGGUCCUGGAGUGCUGGUAUGUUCCAUAGACAACAUGCCGACUCAGCUUCCUCGGGAAUCUACAGACUUCUUUGGAGAUCUGCUUUUCCCUUACACCAAGGAUAUCUUACGUUCUGAUGCAGCUAAGCCUCUGGAAGAGCACAAUUUUUCUCCCGUAGUUCAAGGGGCAAUCAUAACGAGUAAUGGAAAAUUAACACCACCAUUUGAAUAUAUCAAUGAACUUCGUAUGGCGAAUACUCGUUCCCGACACAUGGUUGAAGGAGAGCCACAAACGUCUGUAGUAAUCCUGGGAAGCGGUCUAGUCUCUGCACCGGUAGUGGAAUACCUUUCCCGGGAUAAAAACCUUGCUGUAACAAUUGCAUCACAAGUAAGAGAAGAAGCUGAUACUCUGGCCGAGAAGUACGGAGUACGAGCUGAAUAUCUUCAAGCUAAUGAUGAAGGGGCUUUACGAUCAUUAGCAGCUAAUUCAAGGCUGGUAAUCUCAUUGUUACCGUAUGAUUUGCACGGAGCUGUAGCAAAAGCGUGCAUCAGUACCGGUGCCCAUAUGGUCACAGCCUCUUAUGUACGUCCCGAAGUACAAGAACUUCACAAUUCCGCUAAAGAAGCUGGAGUAACGUUGCUAAACGAGGUCGGACUGGAUCCUGGCAUCGAUCACCUGUUGGCUUUAGAAUGCAUUCAUGAUAUUCAGAAUCAUGGUGGAAGGGUGGAUUCAUUUGUUUCAUAUUGCGGCGGUCUCCCAGCAGCAGAAUUUAGCGAUAAUGCUCUGAGGUACAAAUUUUCGUGGAACCCUCGCGGUGUUUUGCUUAACACCAUAUCUGGCGCUAAAUAUCUUAGUAAGGGACAGAUCGUGGAAGUGUUGGGCGGGGGUGAACUAAUGUCGGUUGCUCGCGAGUUGGACUUCCUACCCGGCUUUGCGUUUGAAGGCUUUCCCAACAGGGACAGCACCAUAUACUCUUCACUAUAUGGUAUUGAGGAUGCACACACUAUGUUCCGCGGAACUAUUAGGUAUAAAGGAUUCGCUGAAACAAUUAAAGCAAUGCAACUAUUUGGUUUAAUAGAUCCAAAUCCACAUCCAUCUCUUCAUCCAGAAGGGCCUAAUAUAACUUGGCGUCAGUUCGCAUGUGAACUACUCGGGUUAGUGGAUCAAUCAAUAUUUUACGAAAAUCUACGGACGCGGUUAGCAGAGCGCAUAGGCAGUACAGGAGCACAUGCGCUUGAAUCACUCGGCGUACUCAGUGAUGAUCUGAUCAUCAAAUGCGGGACCCCAUUAGAUACAAUUAGCCUUUAUCUAAGCAAGAAAUUACAACUUGAAAAGGACGAAACAGACUUUGUGGUAUUAAGACAUGAAUUGGGCGUGACAUGGAGUGACGGACGGAAAGAGAGUCGUGAAGUUACCAUGACAGUCAGAGGAGACCCUACCUCCCACACUGCUAUGGCACGUACCGUUGGACUGCCGACUGCAAUUGCUGCUAAAAUGCUCUUGGAUGGCGAAAUACAAGAGCGUGGUGUGGUACUUCCAUUCUCUCCAGGGGUGUACAAGUCUCUGUUAUCCAGGCUGAGGGCAGACGGUAUUACAGCUAAAGAGACCUCGAGACCUCUCAAUUGACCUUUCUAUCUCAGUAAUGAACUGAUUAGAUGUAAUUUAAGUAUAAAAUUGUGUCCAUCGUUUUUAAAUUUGUAAGUUUGUUAUUUAUAUUAUAUACUUAUGUAAUAUUGU